AUGAUGUCGACAUCGUCGUCACUGCUGCCGACGGCGCCGAUUGGCAAACAACAAGUGAUCGAUCUUAAGGCGGGAGCGAUUUUGAGAGAAAAUGCACGGUUAGGCGAUCACUUUUCCGGCUCUUUUUAUUCUCUGAAGCAUUUGGGACCACUAGAUGACCCUUUUUCUGGGGGCUCUAACUUCCAAGAGCUACAGUACUCCGACAAAGAUCGUCAACCGUUCAGAAAAAGCGCGCUGUUCUUCGGCUGUCCGCUCGGUGUCGUGUUGGUGCUCAUUGUGCUCACCAAGUCGCUUUUCAUCUCCUACUGGAUCAUUCGCGAGUACGAAACGUUCGAUUUCCGAUGUUCCGCGUGGAACGGCGCACCGAUGGAUCAGUACAGAGCAAAGCGCUGGGCGUUGUUGUAAGUUUUUUUUUCUCUCUCUUUCCAGAAAUAAUUUGAGUGAUUAUAGUGAAAAAUCGGAUCCACGAAAGUUUUCAAAGACGCCAGAAGAUGACGAAGACGAAGAUUCGAUCACGGAAGUCGUUGUGCAAGAGGAAAAACACAAGAGACCACUUUACGGUGUAGCUUCUCGCCGAGCCACCACCGAUCCCACGUCGGAUCCACUCAAAAUAGACGCUCGCCUCGAUUUCGGACCCCUCCCGCCGACGUUUCAGCGUCGAAUCGACUCGAAUCACAUUGGUGACGUGGCAGAGGAAGAGGAGGAGGAGGAGGAUCCGCCGAUGACGACGAUGGUCACACUGACCAACACGCAGAUUGUGCAGUUGUCCGGCGAGGAGCACGGAGUCGUCAAGUGAGUACAUACCGUGAUCGCUGUGUCCUCUGAUUUCCUACAGUAGCCCUCAGCGUCCUGCUGUACCGUGCCACGGCGCGGCUUUUGCGACGUUCACCAAACGUUUGAUCCUCAGUCUGUGCAUUUUGGCACACCGGUGUUGCUCUGCGUACAGUGCAUUUUAUGUUACGCGCAAAGUUCAUUUUUUUUAGUUUUUGAUGAAUUUUCUCCAAAUAUUCAUCUCUUUAAAGCGUUUUUCUCCACUUUCUACCUGAAUUAGACCUUUUUACAGAUUCCAGAUGAAGUAAUACACGAAGAGAAGUCGAUGCGAUGAAAAGAAACGCGUAAGUAAGUGAAAGUAAGGUUUUGUUCAGAAAUUGCACGAUUUCUCGAAAAACGUCACUAGAUGUUCUAAUCUUUUAGUUAAAAAUACUUUACUUACAUUACUGAGAAUGUUUUUGAACCAAAAAGAAGCAGAGUGACCGCUCGCUUUCGCGGAAAAACCGAUCGCUUGCCGGAAGACGGUGAAAUUUCGUUGAAAAAAUUUUUUUGCUUCUACGAACUGUCACUCUACUUUUUUUUAAUUCGAAAACCUUCACAGUCAUGUAAGUGAAUUAUUUAAACAAAAAAAUUAGACAAUCUAAAGACGGUUUUUGAUAAAAAAAAAUUUUAUCGAAAUGUCACUGUUUUCCGGCAAAAGACCAAUUUUUACGCGAAAGCGAGCUGUCACUCUACUUUUUUUUGAUUUGAAAACAUUCACAGUCAUGUUAGUGAACUUUUUAAAUCAAAAGAUUUGUAAAUCUAGAGACGUUUUCGAGAAAUCGUAUAUUUUCUGAAUAAAACAUUACUUUCAUUUACUUACGCGUUUCUUUUCAUCGCAUCGACUUCUCUUCGCGUAUUACUUCACCUGGAAUCUGUAAAAAGGUCUAAUUGAGGUAGAAAGUGGAGAAAAACGCUUAAAGAAGAUGAAUAUUUGGAGAAAAUUCACCAAAAACUAAAAAAAAAGAACUAUGCGCGUAACAUAAAAUGCACUGUACGCAGAGCCACACCGACGCGCAAAAAUGCAUACCAUUUGGCUGCGUAUGUUGCGAAUGCCGUGCCGUGGCGCCUGUACUUACCGUAAUCCAUUGCAGAAUGAAGACCAUUCGGAAUCGGGUCGAGAAAAUCGGCUCCGAUGAGGAACAAUUCAUCGAGAUUGACAUUGCGAACGCGCCGAGGAUCUAUGUGUCGAAGAUCAAGUCCCGACACGGCGGGGACCAGGAUGAAGAGCAUUUCGACCUGAUAAAAGAGCUGCAGAAGGAUGGGGAGCAGAAGAAGAAGAAGAAGAAUCAGAAGAAGAAGAAGGGGAAGGGACUGAAGAAGGCGAAAAAGUUGGCGGCGCUUGCGGCUCUCAACAAUUCUACGACUCCAGUGACGAGGAAGCCGAAGAAGCCAAAAAAGGGAUUGGGAUUGGGAUCGAAAAAGUCGAAAAAUGGUGAAGAAGUGACGAAACAGCCACGUCAUCUUGUCGGCAAGUCUUCGAGCGCCGGCCCCACACCAAGUCCCCAUCCGUCGAGCUGGAUCAACGGAGUACUCGACCCCCAGGACCCGAAAUUCACGAACCAGGGGCAUGUGAGGGGGUAUCCGAUGCAGAAGGCCUCACGUCUUCCCGUCACCACCACCGGAGCACCUUCAGAAGCAUCAGAACCACCCGCUUCUCCUUCUCCGUCUCCUUCUUCUUCUUUGAUAACUUCGGAGGAGGAGAAGGAGCAGUUGAAGAUAUCGGAGAGCACUCGGAUGAUGUGGAAUAUGGAUGAGCUCAAGUACACGACGUUCCUGGCGCCCAAGACCACCGAGCAGACACGGCCGGAAGUGCUCGGGGAGCAACGCGAAAAGGAGACCGAUCGGACGAACACCAGCACGACGGAGAAGCCCCGGCCGGUUAGUUUGGGUGUUGAAUUUUAAUCGCUUAUAACUUCAAAACCGUAAUAUGCUUCUGAAAGUUGUCAACUAUAAAAUUGUAAGAAAUAUUGUGCUGAACACUUGUCACAAAAACGUGAGCUUUUUACUAGACAUCACCGGCAACACGAGUCCCAACUUUAACGGCUAGAAACUCCAAAACCAGUGGCUAUUUUAAAAAGUGAUCAACUGAUAGUUUGUAGAGAAUUUCAUGCGCUCCAACGCUCCAGCGGCUUGUAACUCCAACUGUUUCGAAAAGUGUCCAACUAACAAAAUGUGGAAAAUGUUGUAUGUUCUUCAGGGCGGAAUGAGUAAAUCGGAGUGGGAGCAGAAGAAGGAGGCGUUCGAGGCGUACACGCCCGCAAUUUCCAAGUCCGAUCUUCAACCGCCGUUCCACGUGCAUCUUCCCUCCUCCGCUCACGCUCCACGCACUUCCACGUCAUCGCCUCCUCCUCCUCCGGAAGAAGAAGAAGAAGCAAAAGAAGAAGCAAAAGAAGAAGAGAAAGAAGAAGUUGAUCGUUUUUCGUACUUGCCGCCUUCAGAAUCGCCGCCCUACUUUGUGGAAGUCAAUGAAGCGGACACGGAGACGAUUUACGUGAAGGACGUGACGCCGAUGUUCCGGAAUAUUCUAAUGGAACGGCAGGAGCCGCAGACCACUACGACGCCCUACGAUCCGUUGCAUUUGGAGGUGAGCACACUGUCACGCAAAAAUGCGGACUUUUGAGGCCACCGUAAUCUUUUCUCUUUUGUUUUCAGAUGGAAAUCGCAAAGCUGAAAGAGUCGUCGACGUGUCUCGCACGCAUGGCUUUCGACGUUUGGUGCCUUUUCGUGGUGAGACCCCAAACCCCCCCCCCCCCAAACCUACAGUAACCGAUUUUUCUAAAGCUCUUCUCCUCGGUCCCCUUCAUAAUGGGCAUUUGCGUGCCUCGCUGGAGCCUCUUCGUCCUUCACAUCGUUUUCGAUUUUCUCUUUUUGGUUAUCGGUUUUGUGAGCAGGUAAAAUGAGCAAAAGUUUGGUUUGGCUAUAUAAAAAGUAGUUUUCAGUCUGACAAUAGCGAUAAUGGCAAGUGUCAUGUACUUUUUGAUCGACGAAAUGACGUCCGACUCACUUUUCGAGUUUCUACUCGUCGCUUUUGUCAUUGGUAAGUUUUUCAGCGGAUCAGUGAGCCGCAAGUGGAGCGUCAGAGCGCACUUGACACACUUCCGACGCUUACCUCCGACUAAUCCGAGCGAUUCGCAUUUGCAGACAUCGUCCUAAUCCUCUACUCGAUAAUCGUCGGCAUCGCGUACCGAUGUUGCUGCCGGCUCGUCGACAACUCCAUCAAAGAAUCGAGCAUCAUUAAUUAUAGUGUGAGCUCUCAGGGAGAGCCCGUCUGA